AGUUGUGGGAGUAGGACGGGAUUUUAUUGGUGUCGAUGCCCGGUCUACAUUAAGGAUACUUGUUUAUCAAGGAAGGGCAUUGGGUUUGACUGGCUAAUCUUAAUUGGUGUAACAUCCCGUUCCGGAAAAACCCAUAUUUCGAUCGCUAGAAAGUUCGCGAUUUAAAAUCGAGCAUUUCGGCACUAUUUCGAUGAAAAUCGGAUUAUCGAUCGAUCGGAUAAGUAUACGUAUUAAUUAAUUAAUUAUAUAUAUAUAUUCUGUCCAUUUAAUUCCCUCCCCCG